GAGCAGGAGCAGAUAUCUCAGAGCCUCAGCCAGUUUGACGUCAGUGCGUUGCAAUGUUUCAGCGACUUCGAUAAGCGCUUUAUCCACUCCGCCGUGAUGCAGUGGUACGGAAGCCUUGAGGACUUUAACAUGUUCGUUCGGGGUCCUCUCAAGGAUGAGAUCUUGCAGACGAUGCUGGUGAGCCGAGUGCCGCUUCACUACAUCAUCCUGAGCAUCACCCCCGUCACGGGCAUUCAGCUUGAUUUGCUGGCAGCUUUGCUGGCUGCAGGGCUCCCCUUUGAGGCAUGGGGCAAAUGGCUGUUUGGCCAACUCCUGGCUCUGAACAUGUUGGUA